AUUGCCUUGUUUAAUAACAUUAGAUUACACAAGCAAGCAGACGCGGCGGAAACUAUUCCACGUUAAUAGCGAACAAAUAUACGUGGUACGGAGGAGAAAACAGGAACACUGUAUCUGCAAAUAUCUAAGGCUACUGUGUCUCUCCUGAAGUAUUCUGGAAGCUCCAGGAGCCGCCCCAAACAACCUUGCGGCAAUUCAUACUGACGCAAGUCCGUGUCAUUUUUGUGUCAGGUGAUCCCAUCUCUCGGCAUCCAGUCCUUCACCUGUAUUCCUGCUGUCAGGGUGAUGUCAAUAGCCUAUCUUGCCCGCCUGGCAAGGUGCAGUGGGCUUCAUGUUGGACACAACGGUCUUUCACAAAUGGCCCUGGUGUCACUCCCAUUGAAGCAGGAGCGCCACCUUCAGUCCGCCGUACCUUUGAGGCAGAUUUACACUCCUUCGGGAAACCGCCACAGCAGCACGCGAUUUGAUGCGGACAGCAGCGGGCGUCCCACAACCUGGGACUCAUUUGGCAUCUGGGACAAUCGCAUUGACGAGCCCAUUCUGAUGCCCUCGAGCAUCCGCUACGGCAAGCCCAUUCCCAAGGUCAGUCUUACCAAAGUGGGGUGCGCCUCGCUGAUCGGGCAACGCAAGGAGAACGAGGACCGCUUCCAGUACUCUCAAAUGACUGACAACAUCCUCUACUUCGCUGUGUUUGACGGGCACGGCGGCCCGGAAGCUGCAGACUUCUGUGACAAAUAUAUGGAAAAGUUCAUCAAGGACCUUGUGGCAGAGGAGGACAAUCUUGAGUUGGUUUUAACAAAAGCCUUCCUGGAAGUAGACAAAGCUCUCACAAAGCAUUUGCAUCGCUCAAAUGCUUCCGGGACGAACGCGGGCACCACCGCCACCGUGGCGCUGCUGAGGGAUGGCAUUGAGCUGGUGGUGGCCAGCGUGGGCGACAGCCGCGCCAUGUUGUGCCGCAAGGGAAAGGUGCUCAAGCUCACUGUUGACCACACUCCAGAUAGGAAGGACGAGAAGGAGAGGAUCAAGAGGAGUGGGGGCUUUAUCACCUGGAACAGUCUUGGACAGCCCAAUGUCAAUGGCAGGUUGGCAAUGACGCGCAGCAUCGGAGACCACGACUUGAAGAACAUGGGUGUCGUAGCCGAGCCAGAGACCAAGAGAAUGACGUUGUCUCACGUCCACGACUCCUUCCUGACACUGACCACCGACGGCGUCAACUUCAUCAUGAACAGCCAGGAGAUCUGCAACGUCAUCAACCAAUGCCACGACCCCAAAGAGGCAGCACAGCGCAUCUCUGAGCAGGCCCUGCAGUACGGCUCAGAGGACAACAGCACCGUCAUCGUGGUGCCCUUUGGCGCUUGGGGGAAGCACACCAGUUCGGACACAAGCUUCUCCUUUAGCCGAAGUUUCGUGUCCAGCGGGCGGUGGGCGUAGUGGUGGCGGCGGUGGGCCUGGUUGUAGUGGGCGUGGCCUGUGGACCCCCGCCAGCGUGUGCAAUACAGUCAACAACAGUGCCCUUUAUGUGAACAAAAAUGUGUUGGGUGUUUUGUCAGAACCACAAGUGGAGCUCAUUGCAACCUAGGACCGCACAAUAGACGUUUGUGUCCUGGCUGCUCAGUACAAUAUGGCAACAAUUAUCUUUAAAGUGACCUGCUUCAUGAGCGUAUUUUUGAUGUAUUGUUUUUACAUCUGACUAUUAGCAGCUAGUUUUACACCUAAAAUGUUCAACAACUUAAAAGCAUUUUAUGAUGGUGACUGCUUGACCCCGGAACGGAUGAAUUAUUUUACCAUUGUGUCCUAUGGGGAAAAUGUAUUUCAAAUUCAACAAAACGUUGCACCGUAAAUGUUCCACUGUAACUUUUGGCAGCACUUACAUUUGCACUUUUUUCCAUUUCAAGGCUAGUUUCAUUUUGAAAGACCUAAAGAGUGCGCCCGAAAGUAAAGAAAGUGAAGUGAGUGUAAUGAGCACUUGUUGUUAAAUACAUUGGACCCUUGUGGGAAUAGGACACGGACACUACUGUACAUACUGUAGAACCUCCUGAAAACAGCACCAAAUAUUGUGAACGUCUUGAAAAGUUUGUACCGUUCUACUUGAGUUUGUCACGGCAGCCUUUUUUGUCGUCUUGCGUAGGAAUCGUUGCAGUCCAUUUGCACAAAUGUCGAGAGUCGAGCGCAAGCCAGAAUGUUCUUUUGCUGACGAUACCAGUGAACCUCACGUUUAUGAACUUUUAAAUGUUUUUUAUUAUGGAUCUGUAAUCAUGAUCAAGUGUUAUACUGGCAAGGUGGGUUCCUACGUGGGGCGCUGAGACAUUCAGGGUACUGACAUGUACAGUGUAUGUUGUGUAAAUAGUUAAUAUUUAUGCAAAAUAAAUAUUGUGUCGUCAUGUCCGUGGACAGACAUCAUGUAACUGUUUAAAAACUGAACAAAGCAUAUAAUGUAUCGCGCACUUGUUCCAUCAGCUCAUGUCAGUCUUCUCUCCGUGUUUCAUGUAAAUAUCUUUUUUUUUUUUAAUACACCUCAUCUGAAAGUCUGUUUCUUUUCUUUUGAAAUAGAAUCAUUGUUUCUGGUGACCUUGGACAUACACAAGGAAUGUUUUACAGCAGACAUGUAACAAUUAAAUCUUUUUGUGGUCAUGUA